CAGAGUGUUCCCAGCUCGGAGACUCCAGCUCUGCCACUGAGGGACGGGGACCUCAGCUUCCACAAGGGGCGAGAUGCAGAUGACAAGUUCCUCAAGCUCCCGGCUGUCUGGCUGCUUCCUCUCUCUGAUCUUCCUCCAGCUGCCUGCGUGCCUGUCAGGUAGGAGCCUCGGGAGUGCAGGCAAGUCCCAUCUGGUCUGGCCUGGGGGCACGGCGGAGCUGCUGUGCCCACUGUCCCUCUGGCCGAUGACUGUACCGGAGGAAGUGAGAUGGCUGCGGCCCUCACACCAGCAGGGCUUCCGUGCUGUGCACGUGUUCCUGGGUGGGAAGGACAGAGAUGAAGAUGUGGUGCCAGAAUAUAAGGGCAGGACAGUGCUUGUGACAGAUGUCCAAGAGGGCAAAGUCUCCCUGCGGAUCCACAAUGUGAGCCUUGAGGACCAAGGACCUUACCUAUGCCAGAUCCAGGUUGGAAACCUGACGCAAGAAGGCACCGUGACCCUGCGGGUUGCAGUCCCAUCUUCGGAAAGACUCUCUUCCUCAACAGUGGCUCUGGCUGUGGUCCUACUUGUCCUGGGGAUGCUCACCAUAGCAGGCAUUUACAUCAUCUGGAAGCAAAGAAGGUCAAAAGAGAAGCUUCUUUAUGAACAGGCGAUGCAGGUAGAAAAUCUUCUUGAAGAUCACGCAAAAGAAAAAGGAAAACUCCAUAGAGCCAUCAAGAAACUUCGGCGUGAACUGAAACUGAAAAGAAGUGCAGCCAACGCAGGCUGGAGAAGAGCCCGGCUGCACUUCGAGGCAGUGACCCUGGAUCCAGACACAGCACACCCCAAACUCAUCCUGUCUGAAGACCGGCGAUGUGUGAGACUUGGCGACAGAAAGCAGGCUGUGCCCAACAACCCGCAGAGAUUUGAUUUCGUUGUCAGCGUGCUGGGCUCCGAGUACUUCACGGCUGGCUGUCACUACUGGGAGGUGCACGUGGGAGGCAAGACCAAGUGGAUCCUCGGGGUGUGCAGUGAUUCAGUGACCAGGAAGGGGAAGGUCACUGCCUCGCCGGCUAAUGGACACUGGCUUGUUCGCCAGAGUCGCAGGAAUGAGUAUGAAGCUCUCACAUCCCCGCAGACCUCCUUCCACUUGAAAGAGCCACUACGGUGUGUGGGGAUUUUCCUGGACUACGAAGCUGGCAUCAUUUCCUUCUACAAUGUGACUAACCAGUCCCACAUCUUUACUUUCACCCACAGUUUCUCUGGCCCCCUCCGCCCUUUCUUUGAACCUUGUCUUCAUGAUGGAGGGGAAAACACAGCACCUCUGAUGAUUUGUUCAGAACUACAGAAAAUAGAGGAAUCAACUGUCCCCAAACCUGAAGAAAACCCCCAUGCUAAUGGUGAUGUGUCCUUGAAGGUGAACCCUUCCUUACUUCCCCCUCAGGCACCGGAGCUUUCUCCACUCAAUGACAUGCUCCUGUCUUGGCCCUCUGACCUUGGUCCAGCUCUUCAAAAGCUCAAGGUUCCUUCUUUUUAGGGCCUUGCCUCAUGAACCACCCUCACAGCCCCCAAGAUGUCAAGGUUCUUGGAUUUCAAGGAUCCUGGGUCAACACCUGAUUCUGCAAUGUCUUUUCUCCUUAACUCAAUCCAGACCCUUUCGUGUUUUCUAUUUGUACCACUUUUCUCUUAGGGUUCUAUUCUGAACCCUUCCCUUCUUCUAGGGACUUGAAGUUCCCAUUGCUCUAGAAGGAGAAUUCCUAAAAACCAAAUGUUCAAUUUAGGUUUAGGAGAGAAUGUUGAAUUGUGUCACCAGGUUUAACUCAGGGUCAGGGGAAGAAUUCUCGGCUUGAGUGGACAAUUAUUAGAAUCUCUACCUGUUUCAUCCUGCGCUCUGGCUUUCAGGUUAUAGCUCCCAAGCCCAGCUUCUUACCUUUCCACCAAGCUCUUCCCAUUCUUUCUGUUCCU